AUGUUGACGAAUAACGGAAUUGGAAUAAACAACAAGUUGUGGACAUUCGGAGCAGUAACAAAAACAGAAGGACAAAGAAGAGUGAUAAUUCCAAACCAAACAGAAGAAACUAUUCGUCAUUUUUCUGAUAAAUCACCAGAAGAAGCGUAUCAACAACUGUUUGAUGCAUACUUCAAAAAUAAGAUAAUCAGACCCUAUUGGAUUCAAUAUCGAAACAGAGCGACUCAAUCUAUCGCUUAUGACAUUUGGAGUGAUUUGGUCAUGAUAGUCGAAAUGAAAAAUCCGAAACACCUCAAAUUAGAGUUUCGUGGUGAGACUCAAGGAGUUUUGGACAAACCAGAGAUAAAAACUGCAAGACACUUGCUCUCCAUGUCUACAAUCCAUUUCAAUCGUUAG